CCAGGGACACAGAGAAUUUAACACUGACUAACCAUAUUUAAGAUUUAUUUUAUGUAUUUUAUGUUUUCAUUCAUAUUUCAUUAGCAGGAUGUCAAUGUGUCUAAAACGUAUGAUCUUGGCGGUUCUCAUGUGCAUGUGGGCCGUCUCAGAUGCACAAAUAAACUUAAAUUCCUCAGACCGGGAUCCAGGAUAUACUAUACCUGAAGGUGCGCAAGCAGGAGUCGGCUUUGGCUAUCGCGAACCAAUCCCUUACAUCGUCGUUCCGUGGGCCGAAUUGCCACCUCUGGCGGGCCGGUUUUGGCCCGUGGGCCACACGUUUGACAUCACUGCUGUAGAUGAUGAUUGGCAAGGUCCACCAGAACUUCAGAAAACUAAAGAUGAUUUAUACUAUGACUCUGUACCUUCUGACAUAAGCUAUCCUGAUCCAUCAGGAUAUAAUGACUCUGUACCUUCUGACAUAAGCUAUCCUGAUCCAUCAGGAUACAAUGACUCUGUACCUUCUGACAUAAGCUAUCCUGAUCCAUCAGGAUACAAUGACUCUGUACCUUCUGACAUAAGCUAUCCUGAUCCAUCAGGAUAUAAUGACUCUGUACCUUCUGACCAACGAUGUAACCAAGAACAAGAUGUUGAUAAAAUUCCUUAUCCGAGGACAAGCAAAGGUGUCGCCAGCAGGAAGGAAAUCUCAGAUCUGGCAGAGCUGUUUCUAACAGGCCAUUUGUCCACCGUCCUCAUCCCGUCCCUCUACACUCUGGUCUGCCUCAUCAGUGUGCCGUUCAACAUCUGUGCGCUGCUGGUUUUCAUUCUGAGGAUCAAACCAAAGCACCCUGCAGUGAUCUACAUGCUGAACCUGGCCUGUGCUGACCUGCUCUUUGCCAUGGUGCUGCCCUUCAAGAUUUCCUACCACUUUAACGGCAACAACUGGAUCUUCGGCCCCGCCAUGUGCCGUCUGGUCACCGCAGCCUUUUACUGGAACAUGUACUGCUCUGUUCUGCUCAUAGCUUGCAUCAGUGUGGAUCGGCUCAUCGCUGUAGUCUACCCUAUGGGCUCCCUGACUUGGAGAAGUCCAGGAAAGGCAAUCAUAACCUGUGCAGCCAUGUGGGUACUGUCCUUUGUUGGGUCAAUGCAUCUUCUCUUCACUGAACAGACUGUUCACCUAAAACAGCUGAACAUCACCACAUGUCAUGACGUCCAGCCCUCACAGCCUUUCUCCUGCUACAAGAUGUACUUCGUCGCCCUCUGCCUCCUGCUCUUCUUCCUGCCUCUGAUCAUCACGGCGGUCUCCUAUACUCGGGUGAUCUUGACCCUGAGCAAGUCCCAACCAGGGGUUCCAGACCAUGCAUUAAAAAAAAGAAGAGCAGUGGUGUUGGUCUCAAUAGUGCUGGUGAUGUUUGUGCUUUGUUUCACACCCACAAACCUCGUCUUCAUCGUGCACCAGCUGAAGUUCAAUGAGGAAGACGUGGUGAACCAUGCGGAUAGACUCUACAUAGUUUAUCAGGUGUUUCUGUGUUUGGGAAGUCUGAACUGCCUCCUGGAUCCUCUGGUCUACUACUUUGGAUCAUCCCAGUUUCAGAAAGAGCUGUCCAGGGUGCUAGGGCGUCAGAAGACCGCACAGGGCAGCAGCAGCGGUCAGCCAUCCACUGAUCCAAGCACUUCUACCAGCCAAACACUUCUGAAAACAAACCGCAAAGAAGGCUCCAAAACUAACUCAAAGGUUUAAUAAUGGUUUGAUUAUCCUAAUAUCAUGGAAACAGAAUCAUUUUGUUUUGGAGUCCAAAAGGAGUUCACAGGUAAUCUACCAAGUGUAUGUAAAGAUUGAGUCUCUGUUUAAAACCAUCGUAUAUGUUCAAUGACAGACAUGCCUUUGGAGUGAAUAAUGAAGGAACACAAUGAACUGCAGGAAGUUGACUUUAGUUAAGGAUGUGCUUUUUAGAACCACUCUGCUGAGCCACUGACACAAUAAAGUGUUUUUCACUUGCACAUUAUUUGUUAAACGCUACAAAUAAAUAUAUCAAACAUGUCAUUUAAUGAAAAAAAAAGCUUGAUAUCUUUGUAAUUGUUCAUAUAUAUUUUUAUCACACAAGUGUUUGUAUUUUUCUGGUAGUAUGUCUACUGAAAAAGUCAUAUUUAAGCACUAAGUUUUCACUUCUCAAAAAUGUGUCAAUCGUGUACUUUCCCCUUAAAUAACCACUCUUCAUUUGACCACUCGUGGGUUUGAAUAAAUGUUGUCACAUCAUCAUGGUAGUAACAUCACAUCCUUGUAAGUCUUUCUACUUCUUUCUAAUACAUGAA